AUGCCGCUGCCCUCCGUGGUGACUUCGAGGCAGGGCUCCUCUUCCCUGCCUCCGCUUCCCACCGGCAGAAAUGGGUCGGACGCCGGCAGGUACUCUAGCCUGCCGCGGGGCAGUUCUCCCGCGGCGAACCAGCCCCUGUACCGCAGUCUCUACACCGGUCGCGGCGGCCUCUCCAGCUACCGUUCCGAGAGUGAGCCCGUCACGCCCAACGUGGUGAACGUGGGUGCCUCCAGGAUCGGGCCGUCGUCGUCCGCCGCGCCGUCAGACGACGAGUCGUCGGGUUCGCAGCGGGGCGGCUACAAGAGCGCUCGGGCCCAACCGGCGAGGGCGGAGGACUCGCCGAAGAGGGUGUACACAACCAGCUACGUGAGACAGAACGCCCGUUCGCCCUCCGCCCACGACCCGGACGAGAGGCGGAAGAAUCGCGACGGCGAAGGAGAGGACGAAGAAGUGGAGCCUCCGCCCGCAAACAAGGUGCAGGCCAUCAGCGCCAUGGUGCGCUUGAACGCGCGCGUGCCCUCGGCCAAGUCGAGCUACAGCGGCGACGACGGCGACGAGAUUCUCGUCGACGGCGUUCCCGUCAGGGUGAGGGAGAGUCGGAGCAGACACAGGCAAAGCUACGACGACGAGGUCUUCUUCCAGGAGGACGGCGGCGGUCGCGGCGCGGCGCCGGCCGGACGGGAGCUGAAGCGCGUCUACCAGAACGAGAUCGUGGACGGCGCCGACUCGGAGGUGCCGGACUUCCCGCCGCCCCCGCCGACGGUGGUGGCGGCGUCGGCGACGUACCCCUCCGGAUACUGGGGAGGCGGCCGGACCGCCAAGAACCAGCGCGCCGACGACGUACUGCACCCGGCGCCCGUGGGCGACGCGGCCGCGCCCUACAGCAGGCUCAGCUCCGCCUCUUCGGGACCCAAGAGCCCCUGGUCACCGAGCGCGGCCCCUCCCAUCGCCUCGCCGGAAGAGUACGACGACGAGUACCGCGACUACGGCAAGAUCAGGACGGUGGCGCGCGGCGCCGUGCUGCCGCCGGACGUGCCGCCUCCGCCGCCGCCCUCGUCGCCGCCCCCGGAGCUGGAGAACGCGAGCAGCAGCAGCAGCAGCAGCGGCGGCAGCAGCCGCAGGGGCAGCACCAGCUCCGGAAGUGACAGUGGCGACAACGAGGACCGCCGCACCUACCGACGCAUGAUGGACGAGCUGAGCGCCAUGGAGGUCUCGGGCAAGAGGCGCCAGCAGCAGCACGCGCAGAAGCAAGGCAAGCUGCAGCAGGUGCAGGACGAGCGCGGCCUGCCCAUCAAGCGCUGGGAAUACAGCGGCAAGGGCGUGCUGGUGCAGGAGGUGGACGAGGGCCAGCCGUGUCUCGAGUGCCAGGAGAAGUGCCCCGGCUUCACGCCGCACGUCUGGCGGAAGACAUGCAGCAGCUGCAAGUGUCCGCGGGACGCGCACGACGUGUACCACGAGGAGUGGGUGAACGUGCGCGAGCGCCUCGGCUUCAAGCCCGACCGCCUGGAGCCGCGGGACCGCUCCAUGAGCGACGGCUACUGCUGGGUGCCGCCGGGACUGCAUUCCACGCAGCAGAUUGAGAAAUACUUCUCAGAGCUGCCUCCUGAGAAAGUGCCAGAGAUGGGAAGUGUGGGUGAAAAAUACCGUGACAAGCAAUUGGUGCUGCAGCUGCCCAAGCAGGACUUGGCACUUGCUUACUGCAAGCACGUUGAGACACAGCACCAUGCAUCCUAUGAGGACUUUAUAAGUGCUCGGAAUGAAAUUGCCCUCGACAUUGGAUACGUUCGUGAAGCUGGUGCCUACACGGAGUGCCCACAAUGUUUGAAGACAUUGGCACCACAGGAUUUGGGUGUUGUGGCACCUAAAUUUGGUGAUCGCACUUUGUGGCACCCAGCUUGCUUCACAUGUACAACUUGCAAGGAGCUGUUGGUCGACUUGACUUACUGUGCCCAUGAUGAUCUGCUCUACUGCGAGAGGCAUUACGCUGAGCAGCUCAAGCCACGCUGUGCUGCUUGUGAUGAGCUUAUCUUCAGCGGGGAGUACACCAAGGCGAUGUCCAAGGACUGGCACUCCGGCCACUUCAGCUGCUGGCAGUGCGACGAGUCGCUGACGGGCCAGCGCUACGUGCUGCGCGACGACCACCCCUACUGCAUCAAGUGCUACGAGUCCGUGUUCGCCAACGUCUGCGAGGAGUGCAACAAGAUCAUCGGAAUCGACUCCAAGGAUCUUUCUUAUAAGGAGAAGCACUGGCACGAGGCAUGCUUCCUGUGCAACAAGUGCCGCGUGUCCCUCGUGGACAAGCAGUUCGGCUCCAAGGGCGAGAAGAUCUACUGCGGCAACUGCUAUGACUCCCAGUUCGCCUCCAGGUGCGAUGGCUGCGGCGAGAUCUUCCGCGCAGGCACUAAGAAGAUGGAGUACAAGACACGCCAGUGGCACGAGAAGUGCUUCUGCUGCUGCGUGUGCAAGACUCCCAUAGGCACCAAGAGCUUCAUCCCUCGCGAGCAGGAGAUCUACUGCGCCACAUGCUACGAGGAGAAGUUCGCCACAAGAUGUGUCAAGUGCAAUAAGAUUAUUACAAGCGGAGGCGUGACCUACAAGAACGAGCCGUGGCAUCGCGAGUGCUUCACGUGCACCAACUGCAACACGUCGCUGGCUGGCCAGCGCUUCACGUCCCGCGACGAGAAACCCUACUGCGCCGACUGCUUCGGCGAGCUGUUCGCCAAGCGCUGCACUGCCUGCUCCAAGCCCAUCACAGGCAUCGGCGGCACGCGCUUCAUCUCGUUCGAGGACCGCCACUGGCACAACGACUGCUUCAUCUGCGCCAUGUGCAAAACGUCGCUCGUUGGUCGGGGAUUCAUCACCGACGCCGACGACAUCAUCUGCCCCGACUGCGCCAAGCAGAAGCUCAUGUGAGCUGACCACCCACACAACUCCUCCUCCAUUCUUUAUUUGCCAUUUUAUAUUUUAUCGUCAAGCUUUGUUUUUUCUUUUCUAGAGAAGACCGUUCAGCAUUCGUCAGUAUAUAUACAUAAAUACAUAAAUAUAUAUAUAUGAUAAUAUUUUGAUGUUUAGUGGAGGUCUAAUUUUUAGGAGAAUAAUUAUUACUUUACGAACGUGGGAAUAAUGUAUCACCGAAAGUGAUCAAGUGCCUCAUAUCGCAUGCUACGUGGUCUGCACGAGUGUUCGAGCCCGAGGUUGGGGACUAUAUCUUGCGCCUCUGGACAUUUCGGCUGUAGAAACGUUCAGGUGUCGCAAGAGCAGGCCACGUUGCCUCUAACACUGGAGAGCUUCCACGUCGCACGUCGUAACCGACUCCUAUAUCACAGUGGAUGAAAACGCGUAUCAGCGGUUGUAGAUUUUAAAGAGAUAUAUACAUAUAUAUAUAUUUGUUUAUACAUAUGAUGUACAGCUGGUACUUUUUAACGUAGAAUUGGAGAUGUAAGUUUAUUUUGCGACGAGAGAAGAAAAAUAGAUAUUUUUUAAGGAGUUGAACUCUUUAAGAGACUUUAGUCAGGCACUUUUAAAACAAAAAAUAACCUCAGUCCUAAACCCAGGACACGAGUGUAGAUCCUUUCCACAGAUACUGGGCGUGGCCUCCACACACAUACACUUCACAAGUAUACACGCCACACAUUGGCCGCCCUAACACAGCCGCACCGCACUAACACAAGCUCACUUCUGCUUUCAAAUCUAGGGUUAAUAAGAGUAGAUUCUUAAGAGAUGGAAAACGAUUAAAAUCCAGGAAACCAAAAAAAUUGACUAUAUUGUAUACAUAACUUUUAACAAACUAAAUUACACACUCUUAUAUACACACACACACACACACACACACACACACACACACACACACACACACACACACACACACACAUUCACAUAGAGCCAGAGAGGAAAGUAAGCUAUUAUAUGUGAUACAUAUAUAAAUACUAUACAUAAACUGUGGUCUUGGGGGAAUAUGCUAUAGAAGUGACCUUAACAACAUAUUCACAGCCCGAAAUUGUAAACGGUGGGACGUUUGGGCUACAGUCCAUCCACUGGUUCUUUUUUUUUUUUGUUUGCAAAUUCAUUAUUUUUUUUGCUGUAAUUUAGAUUUCUUAUUGUAUGCAUUUAUUUGUAUGGAUCAUGUAAUAGUUAUGGUUAUAAAGUAUCCUGUGACAAAAUUAAUAUGUGGGUGCUAUGCCGUUCUUUGGUGAUGGAAGUAUUUUUAAGCCAGUAGAGUUAUUUAACAGUAAUUGUUAUUAAGAAGAUGGUACUGUAAAUUUGCCAUUAGGUCUUUUUUGCGCUUGUAAUCUUGUGUUGCUUAUGACUUCUAGUCAGUCAAAACACAUUUUGCUGUUCAUGGAAUGUUCAACUCGUGUACGUGAUGUUAUGUUCUGUCUACUUCCUCUUCAUCUCUGUCAACUACAUUCUUUUCUUAAUUUCAUGAGGAUGCCCAUUGCUUAUCCUCAAAAAUACUUGUUUCAUCGCUGCUGCAUUCACGUAUUUCAACUGCUUACAGUUUCAGUUUCCUGCUUUUUCAACAUGGAACCAGUUUCAUAACAUUCAUUGUGCACUUGCAGGCUAAUUUGAAGGCAGUGUAUCAUUAAUUACAUGUGACUUUCCAACGUGUUAUUUUAGAUUCAUUCCAUGUCACAGAUAUCGUUUUUAUGUACAGCCUUACUACUACUGCAUAGCACUGAUAAGAGCGAAACUGCUGACUUUUCAUAAACAUGAACAGCAGUUUCACAAUGUAACAAUAGAAUUUUCAUGGGUCAGUCACAGAUGCUUCUACUAUCUGAGUUAAGUGGUGUCACUUGAACAUCAUACAGUAGUGGGAUAUUGAACAGCAGGCCUGAUUUCUUUUUCUACCAGCAAUUUCAUACAUAAAUCACAGCGAAAAUUAGAUCACAUCACAUUCUAAAAUUUAGUUAAAACUAUUUUAAACAUUACACAUAAUUGUGUAAAAGCUGUUAAUUUUUGAUGCAUAAGUGUUCUUAUUGGUAUCAUAUAUAUUAUAUAUCCUGUUACAUAGAAAUGUGGAAAUGUAAUACAAUUUGAAUAAAGGAAAUAAAUACACUGGA